AUGGCAGAAACCAAAAAGAAGCAGCUCCACCUCGGCGCCUUUAUGCGUCCCGUGAGUCUACACACGGGAGCAUGGCGAUACCCGGGGGCGCACCCAGACGCCAACUUCAACUUCGCCGACCUGGUAUCGUUUGCGCAAAAGCUCGAGGCGGCCAAAUUCGACGCCUUUUUCAUGGCAGACCAUCUAGCCGUGCUCAACAUGCCCGACGCCGCGCUGCGACGCAGCCACACGGUCACGUCGUUUGAGCCCUUUACUCUGCUCUCGGCGCUGGCGGCACUGACGAGACGCAUCGGUCUGGUCGCCACGGCUUCCACAACCUAUGACCAGCCGUACCACAUUGCCCGGCGCUUCGCCAGUCUGGACCAUAUAUCGGGCGGCCGCGCCGGCUGGAACAUAGUCACGACGGCCAACCCGGACGCGGCGCGCAACUUUGGCCUCGACGCGCACGUCGAGCACGGGGAGCGCUACGCCCGGGCCCGCGAGUUCUACGACGUGGUCACGGGGCUCUGGGACAGCUUUGCCGACGACGCCUUUGUGCGCGACGUCGAGAGCGGCGUCUUUGUCGACACGGCGCGCAUGCACGUCCUCGACCACCAAGGGCCCGAGCUGUCGGUGCGCGGGCCCCUCAACAUUGCCCGGCCGCCGCAGGGCUGGCCCGUCAUUGUCCAGGCCGGCCAGUCGGAGCCCGGGAGGCAGCUCGCGGCCGAGACGGCCGAGGUGGUGUUUUGUGCGCCUCGGGAUCUCGAGGCUGGCAAGGCGUUCUAUGCGGAUAUCAAGGGUCGCACCAAGGCAGCGGGCCGGGACCCGGAAAGUAUCAAGCUGCUCCCGGCGGCGUUUAUAGUGAUUGGCGACACGGUCGAGGAGGCUCAAGCAAAGCGGUUAAAGUUGGAUAGUCUGGUUAGCUACGAGAGCUCGAUUGCCUCGCUAUCGAUUUCCUUGGGAACGGAUGCGUCCCAGUUUGAGCCUGAUGCGCCUCUGCCGGCGGAUAUCCCCGAGACCAAUGCCAGCAAGUCGGGCCGAGAGGGUGUAUUAAAGUUGGCGGCUACUGAAGGUCUCACGGUGCGUCAGCUCGCUCAAAGAUAUGGUGGCUACUCUGGUCUCGCAUUCGUGGGCACAGCCGAGUCUGUCGCCAAUGAGAUGGAGAAGUGGCUUGUGGAAGAAGGAUCGGACGGUUUCAAUGUGGUGUUUCCCUAUCUGCCCCAGGGACUCGAUGAUGUUGCCGAGCGAUUGAUUCCUGAAUUACAAAAGAGGGGCAUCUUUAGGCAAGAUUACGAAGGAGAGACGCUGCGAGACCACCUCGGACUAGAACGGCCGUCAAACAGAUUCUUUCCUUCAGCAUAG